AUGAAUACUAUUAAUAAUAAUAAUGUCUUAAAUAAUAAUAAUAAAUCUGAAGGUUUUCCAAAUAACUCAUUGGUUUUUGAACAACUUGGUUACCCAAAUAAUGCAUUCGAUCCAUUUUCAAUGGUUUAUGGGCCACAAAGAACUUUUCAAGAUAUUAAUAAUGAUAUGACAUAUGUUUUAAAUUGUAUUGCAAAUUUAAGACCAUUAAUAGAGGGUUUUUAUACAAUAUUUUUUGAAAAACCUAAAGAUACAAAGAUAACCAAAGAACAAUUGGAGAAUAUUAUUGAUGAAAUGUUGGGUGAAAAUAACAAAUGUUCAAAUGUUUGGAAAAAAAAUUGUAAUGAAUUAAUGAUGGAAGUUUAUAAAUGCUCAAAUGAAUUAAAAGAAUUUAUUUUAAAGGAUAAACAAACAUAUUUAGAAUGUGAUAAAAAGAAAACAAUGAAUUUAAGAAAUAUUUUAACAGAAAAUGUUAAUAUAAUGGAAAAGAAAAUUCAAGAAUUAUUAAUAUUUUUUUCAUCAUUAGAAUAUAUUGAAUAUAAUAUUAAUAUAUACUAUGAAUGUAUGUUAAUUUAUAUUUCAUUUAUUAAAAAUAUUGAUUUGUUGUGGGAAGUUUAUGAUGUAGAUCCAAUUUAUAUUUCAGGUUCAAAAAAAAAUGAAGUAAGAGAUAUUUCAUCAUUUAGAGAAAGAUUACAUUUAUUUAUUUCAUCCUUUAUUAAAGAUGUAGGAAGAACAUCUAAUAGAACCAAGCUACAUCCAGUAUGGCAUGAAAUGCAUAAAAUAUUAACCUUUGAUUUAAUAUUGUACCCACAGAGAUUAGAAAUUUAUUCUGGUUUAAAUAUUGAUAUCGAUCAAUC